AUGACCCGUCCCUUAGUUCUCCAUACUGAUCCUAUUCGCUUUGCAGCCGAAGAUUGGUUGAAGUUCGAGAAAGAGGUUGGCGUACAAGUGGUUCACAUCAACUCGGACUACUCGCGCGAACAAUUCAUCGAAGAUCUCCAUGGGAAGUAUUCACAGUGUGUUGCAAUUGCGAGAGGUUAUUUGACUGGACGUGUUGUGGGACGUUUUGAUGCGGAGUUGAUAGCCCAUUUUCCUCCUUCCUUGAAAUACAUAGCACACCAAGGUGCUGGUUAUGACCAAUGCGAUGUGGAUCCCUUAAUUGCAAAAGGAAUCCAGUUGGCCCAUUGUCCAGGUGUGGUGAAUGCCUCUACGGCUGAUACAAACAUUUAUCUUAUGUUAGCAGCCAUGCGUAACUUCGCAAGAGGCUCCCAGGCGUUGAAGAGGGGAUUAUGGCCCGUUAAAGGUAACAGUGCCGGGGUAGAUGCUGGAAUUAAUCCCAAGGGAAAGGUUUUGGGAAUAGUGGGCAUGGGAGGCAUUGGACUUGCUGUGAGAGACCGUGCUCGUGCAUUUGGUUUUGAGAAAAUCGUGUACUACAAUCGUACCCAAGUAAGUGCUCAGUUGGAAGAUGGCUGCGAAUAUUGCAACACUUUGGAGAAGCUAGUUUCUCAGUCAGAUGUUAUUUCCCUAAAUGUACCAUUGAACUGGUCUACGUAUCAUUUGAUCAGCAAUGAAAUCAUAGAGAAGAUGAGGGACGGCGUUAUCAUUAUCAAUACAGCAAGAGGACAAGUGAUUGACGAGAAUGCAUUGGUAAGACACUUGAAAUCUGGAAAAGUUGGCGCAGCAGGUCUUGAUGUAUUUGAGUCGGAACCCAACGUGAAUCCGGAGUUGCUCAAGUGUGAUAACGUAACUGCAACUCCACACAUGGGAACUAAUGCAGAGCAAACAGUCCACGAAAUGGAGGCGCAAGUCAUAAGUAAUAUCCAGCUGGGUUUGGAAAGUGGCCAAGUGAAGAAUUUAGUUCCAGAACAGCACGGCCAUUUCUGA